AUGGAAGGAUCCAAUGAACAUUAUGGCGAUGGACAAGCUAGCAACUCCAGAGACAUUGAGACUCCGCCAGACCAACUUGACUCUGCAGUAAUGGAUAGCCUUAACGAGCACACAGAGACAGAAACCACACAGCAGUACAGAGAUGAAGAAUCUGAUGCCACAAAGGCUCAAGUAAAAGGCAAAGAGCAAGUUGCCAAGAAGAGGGAAGCCAAGAAGACACCUACUACUACUGCUACUACUACUCGUACUGGCCUCAAACAAGAAGCCAAGUCAGAGGAUGAUGAAGGAACAACAAAAAUAAUGGAGAUUGGGUCGGAACAAAAUGUCACCCGUGCCACAAAUUAUGCCAAUCUGCAAAACAUGCAGACACCCAGGCAUGGCACUGCCCAAUCAGCCCCCAGAGCAUCAGGUACCCCAGAAUUAAACACGGGGCAAGCAAAAUGUCCAACAGAGCCACUACCUGUUGCACCGUCUGCAACAUGGGAGCAGCAAGCAGGACAGAGUCCCCACACAAAUAGCCCUCCGGCAAUGGUGCCCAACCAACCAGGAUAUGCACCUACCAAUCAUCAAGAUUUAAUGGAUGAUUUAUUGGAAGGACUUGCGCCGAUCCCAGUGGCACCCUCAACGUUGCAUCAAGACAGGCAACAAGCCCGUCCUGGAGCCUACAGAGGCGAAAACUUGCAGCGUGUGCAAAGUCUUGAUUUUGAGCUUGUGGGUAAUAACAACAACGAUGAAAAUGAAAACUUGACUGGUUGA